AUGUCACAAUCACAUCCAGCCCCGAAGCUCGGCACUAUGGCUGAAUUCAACACGAAGGUUGACGACGUUCGCUCGUACUUUGAGCGUUUCGACAACUACGUCGACAUCAAUGGAGUGCCUCAAGAAAAGAAGUUGAAGCUGCUCUUAAACGUAAUCGGGGGGCAAGCUUACGAAGAGCUGAAAAAGAUCGUUGUGCCUGCACUUCCAACGGAGAAGACACACGGAGAAAUCAAGGUGCUCUUGGAGGGACAUUAUAGUCCACAGCGGUCAAUCAUUGCGGAACGUUGUCAGUUUAAUCGAAGAGUUCAACAUCCGGAUGAGACCGUCAAGGACUUCAUCACAGAGUUGAAACACUUAGCCAGAGACCGUGAGCUCGGUACUUUUCUUAACGACGCUUUGAGGGACAGACUGGUAGCUGGGUUACGUGAUGAAGAGACGCAGCGAACGUUAUUUGCAACGGAGAAAUUGACGUUUGAAGUGGCAUGCAAGAUUGCCUUGGAAAAGGAGCUACGAAGCGAAGCAAACGAAGCAGUUACACGACGCAAGCCAAGGAGAUGGAGUCAACGCUAUCAGUGGGAGAGCAAGGAAGAAGGUUCCAAAAUGGAAAGUAGCCGUACCGGGCGCAGACAGUAA